UCUCUUUUUUUUGUUGUUUCUCUUUCUCUCAGAUUGGUUUGUUUUUCUCUUCUCUUUCUUUUUUCUCUCUCUUUCUCUUAAUCACUUUUUUGGUUUUUCUUUCUUAUGUUCAUCGUCAUGUUAAUCAUCAAACGAGAUGGAAGGUAGCAAUAUUAAACAAGAAUUUGAUAAAGUGGAAAAAAUCGGUGAAGGUUCUUAUGGUGUUGUUUAUAAAGCCAAACAUCGGGUCACCGGAGAUGUGGUUGCAUUAAAAAGGAUUCCUUUGGAUACAGAGUCUGAAGGUGUUCCCAGUACAGCUAUUAGGGAGAUUGCUUUGCUUCGUGAACUUAAUCAUCCUAAUGUGGUUCGUUUAUUGGAUGUAAUUCAUAGUGAUAAAAAUCUUUACCUCGUAUUUGAAUAUUUAAAUCAAGAUUUAAAGAAAUUACUUGAUGAUAGUAAUGGCGGUCUGGAACCAUCCCUGGUUAAAAGUUACCUUUGGCAGUUACUCCAAGGUAUUGCUCAUUGUCACACUCAGCGAGUCUUACAUCGUGAUCUGAAACCACAAAAUUUACUCAUCGAUGAUGCUGGUAACAUUAAAUUAGCCGAUUUUGGUUUAGCUCGUUCAAUUAGUUUACCAAUAAGAGGUUAUACCCAUGAAGUGGUCACUCUAUGGUAUCGAGCACCGGAAAUACUACUUGGAUCAUCUGUCUAUGGACCGGCAGUUGAUAUUUGGGCCAUUGGAUGUAUAUUUGCUGAAAUGUGUUCCAAGAAAGCUUUAUUUCCAGGAGAUUCCGAGAUCGAUCAACUGUUUAGAAUAUUUCGAACCCUUGGAACACCAAAUGAAUCAAUUUGGCCUGGAGUUAGUAGUUUACCCGAUUUCAAAAUAUCUUUCCCUCAAUGGUUGCGACAAGAUUUAUAUCGUUGCCUACCCCAAAUGAGUAGAGACGCUAUCGAUUUGUUGGUUCAACUUCUUAAAUACGAUCCAAAUAAAAGGAUUUCAGCUCGAAAAGCUUUGACUCAUCGAUACUUUAGAGAUGUAAGCAUAAAACCCUUAUCACGUGCACUUUUUUGAUCAUUAAGGCUUUUAGUCACUUUCCAAUCACGAAUCACCAAUAACCAAACACUUCCUCAUGGAACCAAAUUAUUAUAUAUUUCGCACUUCGCUAAAUUGUGCAACAAAACUGCCCUUUUUUUCACCUCAACUUGUGGAGUCUCCCAAAGUUUUUAUUCCAACAAUUAUCUUGACAUUUGGUUUGUCAUCAAUGGAUGGAAUUAAAUUUUAAACUUAAUUGCCAACUCAAAUCAUUCCACCUUAUAGACAAAGACUUGGUUUAAUAUUUUAUUCCCAAACUAUUGGUUAUGUAUUUAAAGACUGUUUUCUUACCUCCAUCUCAUUAAUUUUCAUCAAUGGUCAACCUGUUGACCAAAAGUAAAUCUAUCAUCAUUUAUAACUCAUAUUGAUGUAUAAUAACAAUCAAAAACUAAAAGAUAAACAUCGUAAAUGUUGAACUAAAUUGACAA